UUUGGGGUUGCACCAGCUCGCCGACGGUCAGAUAAACGCAGAGGUAAUAAGAUCAGGACAUGGAGUUUGCAGAGCUGAUAAAAACUCCCAGGGUCGAUGGCGUUGUCCUACAUCGACCUUUUCUGCCCACUGUGGAGGGGACAUUGUGUCUGACAGGACAUCACCUGAUUCUCUCCUCCAGGCAGGACAACACAGAGGAACUGUGGCUGCUCCAUUCAAACAUAGACUCCAUAGAAAAAAGAUUUGUUGGGUCUCUUGGAAGCAUCAUAGUCAAAUGCAAAGACCUGAGGGUGAUCCAGCUGGACAUCCCUGGUAUGGAGGAGUGUCUUAACAUUGCCAGCUCCAUUGAGGCUCUGUCUACAUUGGAUUCCGUCUCCUUGAUGUACCCUUUCUUCUACCGGCCAAUGUUUGAAGUCAUUGAAGAUGGCUGGAAUUCUUUCCUUCCAGAGGAUGCUUUUAAAGAUCUGGAAUCCAUGACAGAUGAGUGGAGACUGAGUGAAGUCAACAAGGACUUCAGUGUGUGUCCAUCAUAUCCACCUCUAGUGGCUGUGCCCAAAGAUAUUGAUGAUGAGACACUAAGGAAAGUUGCAACGUUUCGACAUGGUGGGCGUUUCCCAGUUCUCAGCUACUACCACAAAAAGAAUGGCAUGGUCAUGAUGCGAGCGGGGCAACCUUUAACGGGCACAAAUGGUCGGCGGUGCAAGGAAGAUGAGAAGCUGAUCAACGCCACUCUGCGGCCAGGAAAACGCGGCUACAUCAUUGAUACACGCACUAUCAAUGUGGCCCAGCAGGCCAAAGCUCGAGGUGGAGGGAUUGAGUCGGAGGCUAACUACCCCCAGUGGAGGAGGAUCCACAAAGCCAUUGAGAGGUCGAACGUCCUCCAGGAGAGCCUGAUUAAGCUGGUUGAGGCAUGUAAUGACCAGUCACACAAUAUGGACCGAUGGUUAAGCAAGCUAGAAGCGUCCAAUUGGCAGACUCAUGUCAAAGAGAUCCUGACCACCGCCUGCCUGGCUGCCCAGUGUAUUGACAGGGAGGGAGCAUCGGUGCUCGUUCACGGUACAGAAGGGACAGACACUACUCUCCAGGUUACCUCUUUGGCCCAGAUCAUCCUUGAUCCAUCCUGCAGGACCAUCAGAGGUUUCCAGGGCCUUGUAGAGCGAGAAUGGCUCCAGGCAGGUCAUCCAUUCCAGCAGCGCUGCGCCCAGUCGGCCUACUCCAACAGUAAACCUCGCCAAGAAGCUCCCGUUUUCCUGCUCUUCUUGGAUUGUGUGUGGCAGAUCCUUCGCCAGUUUCCGUGUUCCUUUGAGUUCAGUGAGAGCUAUCUGGUACUUCUCUUUGAGCACGCCUAUGCCUCUCAGUUUGGUACUUUCCUGGGCAACAGCGCCGCUGAGAGAGCUAAACUGUCACUGCCUGAGAAGACAGUGUCUCUAUGGUCGUGGGUGAAUCGGCACCAGGAGAUUGAGCGGCUAACCAAUCCACUCUUUGAGGCCAACAGUCUUGUGAUCUGGCCCUCUGUAGCCCCCCAGAGUCUGCUCCUGUGGGAAGGAGUGUUUCUUCGCUGGAACCGCUCCUCGAAGUGUUUGGACGAGGCCUACGAGGAGAUGGUUCAUAUAAUUGAGUACAACAAGGAGCUUCAGAACAAAGUGAACAGUCUUCGCAGGCAGCUGGCUCAGCUCGAAACUGAAGACCCUCUGCUACAAACACCAUAGAGAGCCAAUGAAAGAGAGAAAGGGAGAUUCGCAGAAUAAAAGAAAAGGGCAGAUUAUUAGAAAACCAUGAAAUACAGAUCAGGUGAAUGGCAGGCAGAUUGGAGGCUUUUUCUAGGAUCAAAUUAUCUUCAGACAUAUGAGAAUACGUAAUCUUGCAUGCACUCUCGUAUACGUUUUCUCUGUGUGUGGUCAUAUGUUUUUGUGGGCAUUGUUUUCAUUCAGCAGUUGGAUGUCUGCUUACUCCAGGGUUCAUAUUCUUACAGUUCUUAUUGCUGAAUGUAUACGCACUGCAGGGUAUCUAUGGCAACAUAUAGGGUGCUAUAAGUGACUCUGCGGCACGCUGAGAUGAGAUGAUAUAAUCGGCGUAGGCAGGGUCAACACCUACUCUACUGUACAGCGAGAGGGGAGGCUACUUUAAUAUGCAUCUGACCAAAGUUAUCUGGCUUCUGGCGCUGUUGUCACAUUGACAUUCCAGUAAAAAAGCAUAAAAAAAUGAAGAAAAUUACACCAAUAGUUUAUGUAAUCCAAUGUCAAUGUCUAGUCACAUUUGUUUCCAUGUUGAAUUUGGUCAUAUUUGAGAAGUAAACAAGUAAAAUAAAUGUAAGAGUAAAAGAUAAAGGUGACGGUCAGCAGUGCAAGCGAGGCUACGAUUUCUUAAAAAGUGAAAGUGAAGCAGGUUAUUGCUUAAAAGACAAAUGUACAGUAUAUUUUGUCAAUAUAAGUUGAAUUCAAGUGCAGUUUUUAACAAAAUGCGUAUCUUAUGUUUUGUAGUUAAUGAGCCAAAACUAAUGCAUUUUAGUUACUUUAUGUGUGUAUAUAUGUAUCUAUGGAGUCGAUUUACUAUACUACAGUAUAGCUAUAUAUAACUCUAUAAUUAUAAGUUUUGUAAUUAGUUAUUUUUGCUGUAUUACCUUAACAUUGCCAUAUUUGAUGAUAAAUCACUUUAAUGUUUGAGGUACAAACAUUCCAAUAUAUCAAACUAAUGUAAAGUAAUAUGAACAGACACUUUAGUCAUGGGGCGCAAAGUCUGCGUAUUUGAUGACAGGCAGCAGUGCAUCAUGGGAAUGUUCCCUUCACUGUCAAUAAGUUGCAUCCAAAAUAAUAUCUCAUGUCAACAACAACACAGCAAAGGCAGUUUAAAAAAUGUCGGCCUCUCAAACCUUUAAAUACACUGUCACUAACAAACCCGUUGGACAGAUUCACAGUGAAAUACUUUGGCUAAAAACCUGUUCACAGUUCAUCUGGGUACUGUUCAUUUUGUUUGUCUGAGCACAACAAAGUGUUUUAAUAUUUUCGUUGAUCUGCUUUGCUUUGAGAAUAAUGUAAUAAUCACACUAAACUAAAGUAAUUGUUGCCACUACGUUUAACUGCUUUAUUAAUGAAAAGUUUACACAUAUUGCAAAUCUGCACUAUAUACAUUGCACCCCAAAAAAUAUCCAGAGCGUACAUGAAUGGAAUGAAGAGUGGAGUGAUGAACAGUUAUAUGUAUUUCCUUUGUUUGUUUGCUUUUUUUUUUUAUCAUGCAUCAGAUUGUCUUUAAAUGAUUAUUUUUUGCAAUGCCUUACUGUUGAAGAAUUCAUAAUGAAAAGAUUUAAGUUUGUGUAUCACUGCUGAUUAAAUGUCUGUAUUUGUUC